UGCUUAUUUUAAUUAUUCUUAGAACACAACACAACAAGCAAUAAUUUUCCCAAACACUGUGGCAACAUUCAAAUAUAAAUUUUUAUAUUUGCUUUCUCUUGCUUUGACGUCUGUUUAAAAAAAACGCGCUAAACGGUGUUUAACGCCAACUAAAUUUUUACCGUUUGUUGUUAAACGUAGUGAAAAAAUAUCUUUUAUAAAAUAAUGCAAAAGAUGCAAAAAGUAAAUAGAAAGCCACCAACAACUAGUGAUUUAGAAGAAUAUAUGGUUUCGGUGCCAAAGGUGCACAAGGAAAACGUGAAGAAUAUGUCAUUAAAAAUGAUUUCUCAUCCAGCAUAUGGGCAAAGUUAUCAAUGGUCUGUUAAGGAUUUUGAAAUGGGCGCCCCACUUGGACGUGGUAAAUUUGGACGAGUUUAUAUAGCACGUGAACGGGUUUCGAAAUAUCUAGUGGCAAUGAAAGUCUUAUUUAAAAAUGAAUUACGACAAGGACACGUAGAAAAGCAAGUUUUACGAGAGAUAGAAAUACAAUCUCAUUUAAAGCAUCCAAACAUUUUACGCUUGUUGACAUGGUUUGAUGACGAUAAACGCAUUUAUUUAGCUCUGGAACUUGCAUCUGAAGGUGAACUAUAUAAACAUUUGCGUAAUUCAAAAGAUCAUCGCUUCGACGAAUUUCGUUCCGCAAAAUACACAUACCAAGUAGCUGAUGCACUAAACUACUGCCAUUUGAAUAGUGUCAUUCACAGAGACUUAAAACCGGAAAACAUAUUGCUCACCUCAUCAGAUGAUAUUAAAUUAGCUGAUUUCGGCUGGUCAACUCACACUUUAUCCAAUCGACGCCAAACACUUUGCGGAACGUUAGACUAUUUACCACCAGAGAUGGUUAAUAAAACACAUUAUGAUAAUUCUGUUGAUCAAUGGUGUUUGGGUAUACUUUGUUAUGAGUUUUUAACGGGGCGAGCACCGUUCGAAUCAGGCUCCACUAGCGAGACUUACGACAAAAUUACUCACAUGGAAAUUCAUUAUCCAUCGCAUUUAACAGCUGGCGCCAAGGAUUUAAUAUCAAGUUUGCUGCGCAAAUCAAGCAAAGCACGUAUUUCCCUUGUGGACGUAAUGAAACACUCAUGGAUUAAAACGAACAUGGCAAAACGGAAUGAAAUAUUAGCCAAUCUCUUCCACGAUUAACUUAAAUUAAUAUUAAGUUAAAUUCAUUAUUUAAAACAGUAGCAUAUAAGAAACUUAUUUUGUAUUAAUUCUAAAAUGGGCAACUAAUUAGUUUACCCAUCAGUUUUGACAGAAGUUUUUGCAUUAUGUUUAUUCUAUCUUUAUACGAAAAUUAUUGUUAAAAAUUUUUUGUAAUGUUGUUUAUAUUAAUUUAAAAGCUUAUGAAUUCGUGUUCCUCAUCUCUGAAAUAUUAAAUAUUGAAAGAAAAUGUUUUGUUAUAAUAUAGUUUUAAGAAACUCUAUUUAUUUAUUAUAAUCUAAUUCUGCUAUUGGUAAUGUACAAAUACACGGUAGCUGUUAGCUGCCUAAUAAAACAGGGUUCUAACUUAAAUAUAAUUCCUAUUAUUUUUUAUAUAUGAUAUUUAAACUUCUAUAUACAAAUAAAUCAAUAACUUAUAAGUUUUAUAGUAAGAUAUAUAUAGUGGUACACUCAAGUUAUAGUUUCAAAUUAGAUUGU